AUGGCUUCUCGGUUGCCUUCCGCGGCCUUCACCGCUCCAUUGCCUCUCACUCCGCGCUGCAUACCGCCAGCGCGAUGUCCAACCCGCCGACCGCAAUCACGCCCAUCCCCGCGAGCAGAGCUCGACUCAGUACCGAACUCCCCAAGUCUAUUGCUGCGCUCCUGGGCCGACUCGAGAACCGUUUCGUCUACCGUCGACCUCUCCCGUCGUUUCAUUAGCGUCCUCUUUCUCAGCAACUACUGCCAGCGCGCCGCGUAUGCAGAGAAACGGCUCACCCAGCUAGCAGAGCACUACUCCGUGUCGCGCAGGUUGCUCAUUUUGAGUGCAGGAGUUUACUCUAAUCCCGGUGAUCUUCUUCCCAUGAAGCUCGUAACAGCCGCAAAGAGACAAGGCAUUGAUAUGUCGGACGAGAGGCCGUGCGCCGCAUUUGAAGUAUCAGACCGUAAGUUACCUUUACCCAGUUCUACGCGCGGCUGGCAUUCCAUCGUCGCACACAAUAAAGCGAUUGUGGUUGACAAAGUAAUGAUUCCGUCUUCUCUUGUGUCAUGAAAAUAUCGCUGCCCGAUUAUUGGGGGCAUAUCAUUCUCAAGUCCUUGAUGUAAUUGCAGUCGAAUACUACGACUUUGUCGUCGUCGUCGAUCGGCACGUGAAAGAACAUAUCAUGGAAUUGGCGGAAGGCUUUGCCCACACCAGCGGCGGUCAUUUGUAUGAAUGGGAGAGGAAAGUUCGAUUGCUUUGUAACUUUGACGGCACCAUGCCUGAAAGAACGUCGAACUCGGCAAGUUCACCUUUGGACGUUCCCUCUUUCAACGCAGUUCCGGACUACGAGAUGAGUAUGGAUAUUAUUAACGCCGGGUGCGAAUCAGUAGUCCGAUCCCUACUCACGGCUGGAUUGUGAGGCUGAGCGGUUCAACUCGAGUUUCUCGCUCAGCCUUUUUAAAGUCGAAAGAGUUUUGUGCUCUGCGUGCUUACAAGACAUGAAAGCUACUGUCUUGGUUGCUCGUAUUGCCCUGGAUUUGUACAACACAUGUAAAAUUCCUUUUGUGAGU